AUGGCGACCGUGGAACCAACGCUGCUGUAUACCCAGCUUCAGUCAACAUCCUUGCAGAUUAGGCUACUAAAGGUACGCUCUGGUGAUGUUGAGUCAGGCGAGACGCAAAUCGUCUGUGAUAUGGACACAGUCACUUUCAACCAUUCAUUACCAAAGUACACAGCGUUAUCCUACACCUGGGGUGAGGCAGAGCCCUCAAUUACCAUCACUGUCAAUGGCGUUCGAAGGGGUAUCAGCUCGAAUUUGGCUGCAUUCCUUCAACAGUGGAUCGACUGUCGUCGGAACAGUAGUCGUAUUAUUUACGUGAAUGGGUAUCUAUGGAUUGACGCGCUCUGCAUCAACCAAGAGGACGAAGAAGAGAAGUCCGUCCAGGUAUCUGCCAUGGGCAGGAUCUUCAGCUCUGCGAAUGCCACUAUCGCGUGGUUGGGCGUUGAGGCGGAAACCAGUGCCAUUGGCCUGAGGUACAUCAGAGAGAUGGCACGAGCAAUAAAAGCCACCUGGAGUAAGGGAACGGUUGAUUUCUAUCGCGACCUUGGAACCUGGUUCAACAGGAAUCCCACCUUAGCAGAGGCUAUUGCCACUCUGGGAACCACUCAAGAGCCCAAAUUCCUUCUAAACAACGAGAUAUGGGACGGUAUUCUUCGAAUCUUUCAGCGUGAUUACUGGACACGCUCGUGGAUACAGCAGGAAAUCGUACUUUCUCAGGUCGUGUAUAUCUGGUGUGGGCCAAAUUGGGCCCCCAUGGACGACGUACGCGAACUGGAGAGGUUCUUGACAGACUUGCGCGUUGAAUUUGGCGCGAAGUUGGACAGAGACCUCAACUUGAGUCUGUGGCAAGAUAUCAUCGGAGAAUGGAGACAUCCGCUUGUCCGCGAUAUGUUGAAGCGCAUUACUCAUUUUACCCGAUUAGGGACUUCUAUAAAGCAGGAGUCAUCCACUGAUGACCUGCGCUUCGGUCUUCUACACAUACUUGAGCAGGCAUGCGGCUCUUUCAAGGCCACCGACCCACGAGACAAGUUAUACAGUCUCCUUGGUGUCGUCAAUCUCGACUUCCCUCCGGAUUAUACGCAGUCGACUGAACAUGUCUAUACCGAGUUCACCAAAACCUGCCUCCGCGGUAAACACGGACUUCAAUUUCUAAGCAUCGCCGGGCCUGCGGCCGUGAACGGACCAACCGGAAUUCACCACCUCUUGCUACCGUCGUGGGUCAUAAACUGGGACGCGCUCAGCUGCCAGACUCGGCCUAACUCUAGAGCCGCCUUGUUUGCAAAAUAG